AUGCCCUCUGACAAUCAAAGCAGCAAGCACCUCACAGGAGACCCAGCUCACUUCUCACAUUGGACCUGUCUACCUGAAACCCAAAGUAUACCCUAGCCCACUGUUUGCUAUGAAGAAACCUAUUGCAUUCUCAGCCAUUGUCAGAGAGGAUAGCAGAGAACAGAUAGAAUCACUGUGGCAGUCAGGUAUCACAGAACUGAGUAUCCCACUUGGACCUAAAACACCAGUGUCCCUGCUGUGGUCCCAGCCUUGCAACUUCCCAGACAUCCCUAGAUUAUUGGAACUUGAUAUCACCUCCCUUAGGAACAAGCCCCUACAAGAAAUAAAGACAAGGGUACAGAGUAUUCCCCGAUGGAAAAUAUCCGAAUAUAAAUUUAUGCAUUUGUAAAUUAGACAGAAAUCCAUACAUAAUUUUAAUAUGUAAUUUAAUCUAAUAGGUAAAAAAAGUAAAAUAUAUU